AUGCUGGGAGACAGAAGAGGAGCACCAUCCCGGAGGGGAAUGACCGUGCUCGGGAAGAUUCCUGCCGUUCCAAAACCUAUUAACCUCCCCAGUCAAAAGCUUGAGAACAAAGGACUCGACCCAUCAGUCGCACUUGUCCCACGAGGAAGUCUUACAUGGGGAUCCAACAAGCCCACUGCUCCCUCAGCCUGGGCCGUUCCUGAACCCCCUCCACCCGCUGCUCCGUCUGCAUGGAAGCCGCCUGGCGCAGAGCAAUCCCCACCACCCCCUUCCGUUUCCACGUGGCCUCAGCCCAAUGGAAAUCCCUCUCCAGUCAACCGCUCCCCUGUCCCUCCGUAUCCCCCGGGGCCCUCAUCUCAAGGACCCCCUGGUUCUGGACCGCCAGGUCUGGGGCCUCCAGGUCCGGGAGCGUUUCCGAGCCUGACUUCUGACCGUAGGAGCCCCGUGCCUGGUGGUCCAGAUUCGUCGUAUCAGCAGCGGUCGCCUCACCACGAGGGGGAGCCUGGCGCAUCUGGGUACCCGCAGUGGGGGGGACAGGGACCAGGGGGCCCGCGCGAAGGCCCGCGGGGGGGAGCGUACGGGGGGACGCCGCCAGGUGGUUCGCUGCGGAGCUCGCCUAACCCCUCUGCGUGGUCGACCUCCACCGACCGUCAUGGCGAAUCGGACGGCAAAGGAGGGCAGUUCCAUCUGUCGGCGGGAGAUUUUCCCUCGCUGGGAUCCGAACAGGCCAAGCAGCAGCAGCUGCAGCAGCAGCAGGAGCAGGAGCAGCAGGGGCAGCAAGGCCAGCAGCAGCAGCAACAGCAGCAAGAGGGUUCGCGUCAUCCGAGUGAGCAGGACGGUGCCGGGUAUUACCGAGGGAGGGACGACGGGCAGGAGCACGGAGAGCACGGGCGGCGUGGUGAAGGGCCCAUGGGAUGGGACCAGGGCAUGGGGCGCAGGCCUGGCGCGGGGCCGGAGCAGAUGAUGCCUGCGCGCUGGCAUCCGCACCCCCCGGGCCCCGGAGGCGCGGGCUUUGAGGAUCCCCCUCCGCACGGCAUCUGGCCUGCGCACAGGGCGGACCGUAUGCCUCCCCCUCCUGGGGACACGUGGCACCGCGGCGGCCCUGAUGGUGACACGUGGCGUCAUGGAUCUGGUGGGAGCGGUGGGGACGGGGGUGGCGGAGGUGGAGGCGGAGGAGCGGGGGCGACGUGGCGGAGGGGUGAGGUUGGGGUUGGGAGGUCCCCGCCUCCGCCGGGUGCGGGCGCGGGGGCGGAGAUGUGGCGGGAGAGGGGUCCGGAGAGUGAAAACUGGCGCGCGGGGGGACCAGCAGGAACAGGACCAGGCGCGGGUGGCGCAGCAGGAGGGGGGGGGGGGGGGGCGGGGGAGAACUGGCGGGGGCCGCCAGGGAUGGCCCCGCCAAUGGGGUAUGGGCGUGGCGGGGGACACCCAAUGUAUCGCGGACCAGAAGGCCCGGAGUUCGGGUUUGCGCACGGGGCCGGGCGGGGGGGCCCUCCGCCUGGGGCAAUGUACGACGGGCCCAUGCGCCCGGGGAUGAUCCCCCCGCACGGCUACGGCAUGCACAUGGAUCCGCGGGGAGGGGGGAGGUUUGGCGCGCGGUAUGGCCCGGGGCAUGGGCCGGGCGUGGGGAUUCCGCAUGGUCCGCAAGGGAGAGGCGCGGGCCCGCAGUUUGACAUGCCCCCCGGAAUGUUCCCACCUCCCCCGCCGUUUGACCAUUUCCAUGCGCCGCUGGGGCAGGGCCGUCCGCCUUUCCGCCCCAUGGGCGCGCACGAGUUCAUGGGCGCGGGGCGGGGAGGCCCCCAAGGGUUCGACGGGCGCGGGGGCAUGGCGCGGGAGCAUGCGGGGCGCGGACAUGGCCGUCCGCCCAUGGAGCCGUACGGUCCGCGCGGGGAAAUUGGCGCAGGGGAUGGAUGGCAGGGGCAGCCUUCUGCGCCGGGGGUGGCUGACGAGGGGAAACGGAGGGGAGGGGAAGCCGGGGAGGCUCAAGAAGGUAGCGAAGCGCAGCGGAAGGGGCAGGAGCAGUCUCAGCAGCAGCAGCAGUCACAGUCGCAGCAGCAGCAGCAGCAGACUCAGUCGCAACAGCAGCAAGCUUCGCAGCCGCAUCGGCCAUACCACAAGGAUCACCACAUUGGGAUCGACUGGGCCUCUGCAGAGAGCGAAACCAUGGACUUUUCAAAACCCGCGUUUGAGGAUGACCCGUUUCUGGGUAGAGCACCGGAGGGGACUCCGCGCGGGACAGAUGGAGGUAAGGGGGAACAGGGGGCGCGGGAAUCUGGGAGGGGCGCGGAAAGCGCUGGAAGAACGCAGCCGGAGCAGGUGCGCAUUUUGAAGCGGCCGGAGGGUGGGGCGCCUGGCGGAGAGGCUGUGGCGCAAGGGGUUAGUGCGGGCAGUGGGAAUGCAGGUGUGGCUGCGCAGGUCGCAUCUGGGCCGGUGCCAGCUGCGCAGGCAGCAGCAGGUGCGCAUGCAGCGGGCGUGACCGGUCCGAGCGCAGGGCUUGGGAGGGAGGUCCUGGUUAAGAGCCCGCGGCCGUUCAGCCGAGGCCCUCUGCGGUCGCCGCGGGAGGUGCCUCAAAGGAGAGCCUCUCCCGCUCCUGAUCCCAGUGCUGCACCUGGUUCCGCGCCUGGUGGCUCCGCGCCUGGUGGCUCCGCGCCUGGUGGUUCCGCGCCUGGUGGCUCCGCGCCUGCUGGUUCCGCCGCUGCCGCAUCUGCUUCCGCUCCUGCUGCCGCGCCUGCUGCUGCUGCUCCAGCCACGGGUCCUUCUGCUGUUAAAGCGACGCCUGGUGGCAGUGUAGUCUCAGCACCCGCGCCAGGCGCGCAGGAACAGGGUCCGGGGAGUGGAUUUGCUGCCGCUGGCGGAGCUGGGGCGGGGCGGGGCCGCGGGCGCGGAAGAGAGCAAGGCAGGCUGAGGGGGACGGGGGAGGCGGACGGGCGGUGGAUCCCCGCGCGGCAGCAGGGGGAGGCGCAGGGCAGGGGGGAUGGAGGCGCGGGCAGAGGAAUGGGCGGAAGGGAGGGGCCUGUGCAGGGCCGGAGGGGGGCGGUUGGUAGAGUGGCGGAGAGGGAAGAGCAGGGGCAGCAGAGAGGGGGGGCAGGGCAGGUCGGGCAGGUGGGUACCGGGGCGAGUAUGGCAGGUGGAGUGCCAGGGCAGGGAACUGAACCGGAAGCUCCGAAUUCAGGGGCAGUUGCUGGUUCUGCUACUUCAGGCCUAGCACAGAACUCCAUGGAAGGGGCAGUGGGAGGUGUGGCAGGAGGAGGUGGAGGAGGAGGAGCAGCAGCAGCAGCAGCCGCAGGUGGAAACGUUAAGGCGGAGCCGCUACUCCCCGCGCCUACAUCCGUUCCGCGGAUUAUCAUGGGUCCCCCAAUCCCCCAGUUCCUCGCCCCUGUCGGGCCUUCCCACGGGAUGCGCCAUCCGCAGUUCUUCCCCCACCCGCCCUUCCCCAUGCAGCACAACCUUCCGCCUAACCUUCCGCCCAACAUGCCCCCGAACGCUCCCCCUGGCGCGCGCCCCCCGUCGUUGCUCCCCGGACAGCAGGUGCUGCCUCUGCACCUGCUUCCGCCAGGCCAUGCGCCCCCGCACCAACCUCCCCCCGGCGCGCAUCCGCACGCCCAUCCCCCUGCGCCCCCGACCCCCCAGCAGCACGCACAAGGCGCCAAAGACAGCCUGCUUGCGCUACCCGUGGGAGGGCCCGCCGGUUUCCUCGCGGGGAUGCCUGCGCCAGGGGCGUGGGGGGGCUCUGGGGCACCGGGGGGACAUGGGGUAUCGGGGGGAUCAGGGGAAGGAGCAGCUGGACAGGCGGUAUCUGUGAAUGAGAGGGCCAAGGGAGGGGCUGGGACGGGAUGGGUUGGGGAGAUGGCAGGUCAAGGCGGGGCAGGGAGAGGAGCAGCAGAAGGAGGAGUGGGAAGCGGUGGAGUGGUGUCUAACGGAGGAUAUGUGGAGGCAGGAAGCGUUGGCUCCGCUGGAAGCUCAAGAAAAGAAGUGCAGGAGAUAAGGGGGAGGUUGGGGAAGGAGCAGGUGGGGGGAGUAGAGGGAGGGGGAGGAAGCGGGGAGGGCAGAGGAGGAAGGGCGGAAGGGGGAAGGGAGGGGCGGAAGGGGCAGCAACUGCAACAAGGGCAGCAUGGGCAGCAGCACGGGCAGCAGGAGAAAGGGCGGUCAGAGAGUGAACAGCAGAGGUCUGCAGCAGCUGCUGCUGCUGCUGCCGCUGCUGCCAAGGUAGCCCUCUCGGGCAUGCGAGGGGGAGCUCCGGCAGGGAGGGAGGUCAGGGAGGGAGGGGGCGGCGUUGGUGGUGCAGGAGCGGGCGAGGGAUCAGCAGGGGCUGUAGCAACAGGGGGCGCGGGAGCAGUAGGGAGUGCAGCAGCAGCAGGAGUGAGUGCAGGAGCGGGUGGUGGAGGUUCAGGUGUAGGAAUUCCCAUUAGUGGAAACACAGUGGGUGGGGCAGCAGCAGGUGGGGCAGCCGCGGGUGGGGCGUCAGUGGGUGGGGCAGCAUCGGCCGGGCAGGUGGCAAGGGAGCUGGGUGGCCAGCGGGGAGCAUGGCAGGGAGCGCCUGGCAGCGUUGCUGCUAUUGUGAGUGGGGGCCCUGCUGCUGCCACACCCGCUGCACCAGCACCAGCAGCAGCAGCAGCCGCACAGGGAGCAGCAGCAGCAACAGCGGGAGCAGCAGGAGCUACAGCAGCGGCGGCAGCGGCGGCGGUGGCGGCAGCAGCAGCGGCAGGCUCACAGGGAGGUCAUGCAGCAGUGGUGGGCGGUAUGGGCCCUCCUGCUGCCCCUGCCCGCCAGCGCCGCGCUGAGAUGGAGAGCACUGCUGCUUCUGCUUCUGGUGCUGUAGCUGGGACCUCUGGGCCCAAGGGGCAGAGGGCUGGUGCUGGUGGGGACGCUGGGAAGCAGGCAGGAGGAGCAGGAGGAGGAACGGGAGGAGCAGGAGGAGCAGGAGGAGGAAUGGGAGGAGCAGGAGCAGGAGGUGCCCCAUCUGCAGCUGCGUCUGCACCCUCUGGUGGCAGUGUGAGCGGAGCGAGUGGAGGGAGCAAAGGUAUCACUGCUUCUGCUGCACUGGGCACAUUAACUGCUGGGAAAAAGGCUGAGCCUGUUGCUGGUGGGGUGGGCACUGGUGUGAAGGCAACUGGAUGGGGUAGUGCAGGUCCCACAGGGAUGGCCACUGCUUUGUCUGCGCCUGGAACGCCACGCCACGCCAUUCAACUCAUCGCGUCCGAGCCCGCAUCUGGCGGCGACCCUCGCCGCCCGUCCGAGGGUUGGAACGGCGGAAAAGAAGGGGAGGCUCCGCGAUCUCGCUUGAUUACGCAAACGGCGACAGCGGGAUGUGCUUCCGGGGAGAGCAAUGACAGCGAGCCGUUGGGCGGAGGCUUCGGUAAGGGAGUAAAUGCGAACAGCGGGGAUGCUAACGCGGUCGCGAGGCUUGCGCUGAUGGCGCAAGGUGAGGCCGCGCAUGUGCAAAUGGCGGAAGCGGAAAGGGAAAGACUUGCGGAACCUCGGCUGGGGUGGGAAGAAGGGGAGGGUGCGGAGGAGGAGGGGGAGGAGAGGGGGAAGGGGGAGAUGGAGGUGAGGCGGAAGGACAGGCACCGGAAGGUGGACGGGCGCGGACGGCGCAUCCGCAUGCCCGCGGCGUGCGCCGCGAAGAUCUUCCGCCUGACGCGGGCUCUCGGCCAUCGGUCGGACGGCGAGACGAUUCAGGUAUUAAAGCCCGCUGCGGACCAUUCGGCCGGUAAGUCCGUGUGA